AUGUCUACUCAAGAAGGUGUCCUCCAAAUAUCAUCAGAUCCAACUAUCAUCCUCACUCAGAUGAUGAAUCAGAUGAAUGAUGAUUUUGCCCGACGAAGGAGAGUAUAUGAUCUGUUGAUAUUAGCCAUCGGAGUAGCAAUUGGAAUUUUACUUUACUCAUUAGCACAUGAUCUUAUAAUCCAUCCAGAAGGUUGCGCCUUGUCACCUCUUGACCGUGAAGAUGAUCAAUGGGAUCUCGAAAAGCAAUCUUCGAAAGUUACUCGCAACAACCUGCAGUCUAAAGAGUCGAAGACAUCAAAAGGAUCGGAAAAAGAAGAAAAGAAAUAUAUGCUGAUUGAUAUUAGUGAAAAGGUUUGA